UGUACUUAUAUUAGCUCUACCUUUUUUCCUAUUUGGUUGGCAUGUAGGAGGUUAUAGUAAGUGUCAAAUUCUAAAAUUUGCUAUUUAAGACACAAGUUAACAAAAUGAUAAGUAGUCCGAAAAUUUCUGUGAAAGAUAGUUUUGAUGAUGAUGAAAUGAGUGACGACGUAGAAGAUGAAGUGUUUAUUCGGGAUGGAAAAAAUGGUUUUAAAUUUGAUGAUGAAAUUGGUGUCAAAAGACCUCUUAUGGCUCCCAGAAGAAAAUUCAAGUAUAAUAAUCUGCAUUCUCCAAGAUGCAAGAGACCUUUCCACAUAGGUUUACGAAUCAAGUGUAAUUAUGGAAUCACAUUUAUUGCAAUAUUUUUAGGUGUUACCUUAGCAGUGGUUAUUAUGUUCAAUUUAAUGUCCAGCCCUUUGGAUCAAUUAAAACAGUGGGCAAUCAACAGGAAAAUUGAUCAGAAUAUUGUUCCCUGUACUGAUUUUAAAAGUCAACAUAUUUGGCAAAAAUCAUUUCCCCAACUAAAAACAGAAGCCGCACUCACAACUUUUGAUGCCAAUGGUGAUAAUAUCUUAGAUAUUGUUGUCGGUUUUUCUACAGGUCACUUCACUCAUUAUUUGUUUGAUGAAAUCAUAAUCACGAAUCGCUUGAUCAGAUUAUGACAAGCAUUGAAGAAAGUGAAAUGCCGAGAAAGUGUAGUUCAUUUGAUGCUACUAAGAACUGCGGAGGUGGUGCCUUGGUUUUAGAUGGCAAGACUGGUUCUGUUUUAUGGAAAUACUGGACUAGAAAGGAUGUAUUGUUCAUCGACUGUUCCGAAAAUGUUAAUGCUGAUAAAACUAAAGAUUGCCUCAUCUCCGGCAAAGGAGGGGUUCUUGGUAUUGUUGAUGGAAAGACCGGUAUUUUGAUCUGGGAAUUCACCAAAUCAAACGGACAAUACCUUUUGGACUUGUAUUCUGCUCAGUACAUUGUGGAUCAAACUGGAGAUGGUUUUUCCGAUGUUUUGAUUUCACACACCACUGAACAGUCCAGUUAUAUCAUCAUAUUAAAUGGCAAGAAUGGUGAAGUAAUAGGGCAAGUUGGAAUGCCAGAUGGUGGCAGUGUAUUCAUAGUUCCCCGCCUCUUAAAAACAUAUAAUAACACUUACGUGUUAUUUGGUACCGGAAGCAUUGAAACAUCAGGGUCAUUAUUCAUUACCCCUCUUGAAAGUAUCUCUCAUUCCGAUCAAUCUAAAAUUAAAACCAUCUGGCAAGGGUUAUCUGGUGUGAGUUCUGGAAUUCUUAUCGCUGAUAUGAACACUGAUGGCAUAGGGGAUGUCAUCUUUACAAAUGAUGAUACUUUGACUGUAUUAGAUGGUACGAACUUUACUUCUAUCUGGAACAUUACUUUGAAGGAAUCUGGACAUUCUGAGAUAUUAAUUGGACCUACUCCUACUUAUUUCAACAAUGAUGCAUAUCCAGAUUUACUUUUCACAAACAUGGUCGGAUCAACAUUUCCUGAGUAUUACUUUUCAGAGAGUCGCAUAGCUAGUGGUGAUUCUGGUAAAUUUCUGUUAGACGAACCAAUGCUUGGCAGCGGUGAAGUAACGUCACCAGCAAUAGCAAUUAGUUUUUCUGGAAUUGGGAACGACAUGUUCCUAUUUUGGUCUUCGACCUGUAGUACCUCAAAAUCAAAUCAAAAGCAAGAAUUCACUUUUACUAAAGGAACAACAUUAUUCGAGAAAACUCAUGCCGACCUUUGCAAGUUGAGGUUUAACACUAGUCAAGAUGUUCAAUUAUUCUUAUUAAGUCAACAUAUUCAACCACCCGGUAUACUUCUGUAUUCAUCAAGAAAUGUAUGGGAUAAUAAUACAGAGAAUGCGGGAGUUGCUGCCAAACAUUUUAUCCAUGAAAGUGACCAGAGUGUAAAUUCCUUACACAAAAAUCGACAUAAAUCUCACUUUUCUUCACAGCCAGAUGAAAAGAAAAAUGCUUUUAACUUUGGCAAAUAUGUGGACGGAGGAAACAGUGGUGAUAAAUCACAAUGGAAUUUCCCUUACGAUGAUAAUAUGCCGGCAUUGCCGUCAGUAAACUUGGGCGAACUGGCAAUGAGAUACGAGGCUUCUUAUCAAGAUGGGGUUAACCACGAUGAAGGAAGAGAUGAGAAAAUGAGCUAUGGCAAGGAGAUGAAGCGUUUCGCCAAUUAUCAAGGUGGCCUCAUACCUAGAGCAAGAUCAACGGUAACCUUAGUUGAUGCUAUUAAUGCAACUGGUAUUGAUAUAAUAUUUACAAUUUAUUGGGAAACACCUAUAAAAGAUAUCAGAAUUUUGACUCAGAAAGAACAAGCCUGUAUACAUAAGAAGCUUGUUAUGGAACAGGCAGCUAAUAAACUAAACAGCUUGGAAUUAGAAGUUGCUGAAGAGCGUGCCGAAAGGGCUUGUAUUGCUAGGCCUGAGGAUGAGCUUGAAGUAGAAGGUGACAGAAUGGACGCAGAGGACACAAUUAAAGGCAGUGAUGGAAUGCUAACAAUUCAUAGGUUGAGGUUGGUUUGCUCUUGCAAUCGGUUAAGUAGCUCUGAGAAAUGCAGCGAACCAAUGCCGUUGGCAGAACAGGGCUACCCAGCGAGGGCUAGUCACACAUACUUCUUCGGAAAGCAUGCACAUCCUGCAUUGCAGAAUAACUUCUUAUCAAGAUAGGAACUUGCUAGUCGAACUCUUUAUUUUCAUUUUAAAAAAAAAAAUAUUUUAAUAAUCUUUAUCACUUCUGUUUCCUAUCUAAAGUUAUUUGUACGCUUCUGACAUGUUUAAUCUCUGGUAUUUUAACUCCUAUAUUAUUAAAUUAUAUAUAUAUACAUUUUAAAUAUAAUAAAUAUACAAGUAUAAAUAAGAGGGUUGAAAUACCAGAUUAAUUGAUAUGUAUAUUGUAAUUCAGGGGUCCCCAACCUUUUCUCACCAGCGGGCACAUUUAUAGGUAAUGUCUUAGUUGGCAGGCACUGUGUUUUUAAUUAAUGUGAAUUGCAGAUAGGUUACUGUUUAUAAUAUUUAAAAAGAAAAUGUAAAGUUAGUCAAUAAAAAGAAGUAUAUACGUAUCGUGUAUAGAAAUACAUUUCUAUACAAAACGUGAAAAACAUCAAGUUUAAUUAAUCUUUUUAAUUGUAUAAAGGUUUCUUAUAAAAGAUUAACACAUUUUGAAAUUAUAAUUAGAAACAGUAUGAGUUAUAAUCAGGUAUAAAAUAAGUUUAAUGCAGUGUUACCAACAGCGUCAUUAAUUUUUUUUUUUCUCCCAAAGAAAGAGAUCAAACAAAACAAUAAUGAUGAUAUUAUAUCAAUAAAUUAAUUAUUAUUUUCAAAUAAAUAAAUAUUCCAUAUUUCAUUAAAAGCUUGUCGAUCUGCAACAGGCAACAGCAAAACUGUUGCCAGGGUAAUCGCUGAUGAAGGUUAUGUUAGAGAUGGGCAGGCACAAGUUUGUUCAUGGGCACUGUGGGGGCCCGCGAGCUCUAGAUUGGGGACCCCUGUUGUAAUUGUUCGUUGACUCAACAACUUGUAUCUAUUUCAAGGCCUCUAUUGUUAUAUUUCACUAUUCGUAUUUAUGUAUAUGUUCAAUAUAUUUUAAUUUGGUUGCUAAAAAAAGUAUUGAACUAAAAAUAUAUUAAGCAUAAUUUUUUAAGUAGUUGUUAGAAUUUUGAAUUAUCUUCUUCCUGCAAAAAAAAGUACAGAAAUAUUUCAUUUCUAUCGAUGAACAUGCUUUAUCUUAAAUUUGUAUUUAUAGUUGUUGAGUGAUGAACAUCCUCUAAAUCCUGAUUUAAAUACUUUCUGAUAUUAUCAAAUUCUUCAUUAGGUUUUAUAUCUAUAUAUAUUUUUAUUUAUUUAUUUUUUUAUGGAACUAUCCAUUACAUUAGUAAUCUCCCCUCCUCCUUCACCUUCGCACAACAUUUUGUUCAUUCUUGUACUAACAAGUAGACUUGACCAAAAUUUAUUUGAAAUAAUAUUUCUGAGAUAAAUCAUUCAAUGACCUCAUCAUAUUAUUUUUGAAAUAAUUUAUUUCAUCAUUUUACUUUAAUCUUGUUUAUUGAAUUAUUAUUUAAAUGGACUAUUUCAUAUUGAUGAAUUUAUUAUUAAAUCAGGUCAUUUUUUUCUUAAUUUAUACUUUUAACAAGAAAUUGACCUAAAUUCAUUACAAGUCUGUCAAGAGACCUCAUGAGGCUAAAGUUGACCCAAUUUUAUCUGUCGGCAAAAUUACUCUAGUCAAAAUUUAUAAAUAUACAAAAAUAAUUUUAAAGAACAAAAUCCAUGUAGUGUCACGAAUGUGAGUUCAAAAGAAACCAAAGAUAACAAUUUAAAAAAAUUAUUUUUUAAUUUUUAAUUUUAUUAUUUUUUAAUAAUAAUUUUAAUUUUAAGUAAUUGAUCCAAUACUGUAUUAGAAAAAGUGAUAAUUAGGAAAAUAACAAUUAAACAAUUUUCUUGUUUAACAAAAUUUUUAUUUAUUAAAGAUAAUUAACACUUUUCUACAACAAUCUAACCAUCUUCUUCCAAAAAUUAUAUAGUAUUUUUCCUUUUUAACUUUAAAGAAUUAUAUAUGUAUAAAUAAAUAAAAUAUAAUAAAUAUCUCACAUUUUCUUUUAAUUCUUUUAUCCUUUCCCAUUAAACAAAUAUUUGAAUGGCCUCAUAUCAGAGGAGGUCUGUCACCAAGAUAAAAAUUGAGUUAGAAGUUGAUUCUUAUAGCAUUUUUCUCAAUCUUUUAAAUGCUAGAAUCAGUUUCUAUAAAAAAAUACAUAUUUAUGUUAAAUUUAGCUAUAAAUUAUAGCUUCUUUUCAAAAUCAGACUCCUGUAGUGUAAUUUUGUUUCAAAAGUGGACAUUCAUCAAACAGCCAAUGAGAUAGAUGGAUUCUGGUCAGGUGAUUCAAUUUUUAGUAAUGGCUACCUAUAAUUUCCAGGUAGUACACUAAUUAUUAUUUUUAAUUUGUUGCAUUACAUCCCAUGAAGGAUCUUGAGUUCAGUACUGUGUAAGAAAGUACUGUUUCUUGGCUGACAGUUGUGCAAGGAGUUUAAUUGACAGAGAUCACGCUUAACCGCCAGAUUUUCCCCCUUAAUUAAUUAAGAGGCUGAGUGUGCCCCAGGAAGGUCUUCUGGCUCCAGGGUCGAUCCAUGGCCGACUGAACAGAAUAAAUAAUAUAUCUGCCAUCAGCCGGAUUCGAAGCUGGGACCUCAAACAUAGGAAGUAAGCUACCCGACUCCCAUUAUUUUUAAUUACAAUAUUUCAAAUACAGUCUUUAAAUUGUUAAUAGAAAAUUACAAAAUAGUGCAGUUAUAUUCUUUUAUGUAGGACAGAACUUAAGGAACCUUCACAAUUUGAUAAGACAGUGACAUAACAAUUUUAUGUGAACAUGAUUGUCAAUAGUCGGUUUCUUUUGGAAUUCCUGGAUACAAUCACUUUGAUGUACUUCUAAAAGAGGCUGCAGAUGGUCCGGACGAUUUCAUAAUCCCAAGUGCUGAGCAAGACCCACAGACAUGUGAGGAUGUUCUUGAAGCAGUGAACAGGGUAAACAACUAUAAAGCUCCAGGAGAGGAUGGAAUUCCAGAGAGCCCUCUACAAAAUCAUCCUCACUGGACUGAAGAGAAAAUGCUGGAUCCGUGGAAGAAGGAAAUAAUUUAUCCACUGCACAAGAAGUGUAAUAUCCUAGACUGCUCCAAUUACCGUGAGAUCUCAUUUCUUCAGUGUGCUUAUAAGAUCCUCUCAAACAUUAUCUACUGCAAACUCCUCCAGUUUGCUGAAAGAGAGAUUGUUAAGUAUCAGGCGAGGUUCAGAGGAGGAAGAUCUACAGUUGACCAGAUGUUUAGCCUCCGUAUGAUGCUGGAAAAGUUUCAAGAGUACAGGAUGAUGACCUACCACCUGCAUACAACAGCAUCAAGAGACCUCAACUGUAUGCAGCCCUGUGUGACCUUGGAGUUCCCCAGAAGCUUGUCCGCCUCAUCAAGAUGACUAUGGAUGAUGCUUCGUGUACUUACGUACUUAUCAGGCACUACGACCCUUGAAGUCGAGUCUUAGAUUAAUGGAAAUACUGGGAUGUGCUAACGAUCUAGAUCUGAUGGCAUGAGUCUCUUAAAAGUGCAUUUUUUAAGGUUGGCUGAAGCUUUGGGAAUGAGUGUAAACCAGGAAAAGACAAUGUAAAUGCGAGCAGGACCUGAAAAAGAGUCCACAGUACGAGUACCAGUGGUUAUGGGCCCAUUUACGUUCCACAAUAUAGACCAGUUUACCUAUCUGGGAGCUAUUGUAAGCUGUGGAAAGAGAAUAUCCCUGAAGGCCAACCAGCGAAUAACAUGGGCAAACAGGUGCUAUUUUGGCCUCAGCAAACGCCUUAGAAGCUCUCCUGUCAUACAAAAUGCCUCUUACAUAAGACCCUCAUUAGGCCUGAUCUCACAUAUGGAUCGGAAAGCUGGAUCCUCUCUAGCAAAGAAGAAAAAGAAAAAGAUGUUGAGGUGCAUCAAGCUUGGGCGACUACGUUGGGCUGGCCAUGUGGCCAGACUGUCGUCAGAAGAGGAAGUCUCAAGGAAGUUGCUUGAGGGGAAGUUCUGCAGGACAAGAGGGAAAGCCAGACCACGUCUAAGAUGGGAGGACGCCAUCAUCCGGGAUGCCAUAGUAGUAUUGCAUACUCGCAACUGGUGAGCCAUAGUUAGUUAGUUCUGGAUGCAAUUGAUGUGAUCAUGUGGCCUUCCAUCUGAA